AUCUUCAACAAAUACAUUCACUCCCCCAUAUUUUGUCCUUCUUUUGACUUUGAAUGAUUCAUUCUUUGGCAUUGCAUAAUAUCUUGGAAACUAGGUCCCAAGAGUUAAGGUUCUUCCAAACUAUUUAUUCAGUACCCGUACUUAGCUAGCUACUUACUAAAUAAGUCGGAACAACUUUUUUCUUGAUCUUUCGACAGCUUGAUCUUGAUCCUCAUUUUUUUUCUCUCUCUCUCUUUCUCUCUCUCUCUCUUUACUUCACAAUCAACAAUAUGUUUCCCAAAAGUUUCUCAAGGAGCCUUCUCCUGGCAUUUUCUGUUUCUCAAUCCGUAUCUGGUCUCAAACUCGAUACCUCUGAUCCAACUUCAAUCAAAAAUGUAGCAGGCACCAUUGCAUAUGGCCUCAUGAAAUAUUAUACCGGCAAUGUCACCAAUACACCAGAUACCAUUGCGGUAUUGCCAGCGCCCUACUACUGGUGGGAGGCUGGUGCCAUGUGGGGAACCAUGCUCGAUUACUAUCACUAUACUGGGGAUGCUACCUACAAUGAUAUCACAACACAAGCUUUGGCAUCCCAAGCUGGCCCGCUCUUCGAUUACAUGAUGCCAAACCACCAAAAGGAUGAAGGAAAUGACGACCAAGCUUUUUGGGGAAUGUCUACCAUGUCUGCUGCAGAAAAGAAUUUCCCGGAGCCCUCCAACACGGGCGGAUUUACGUGGGUAGAAUUGACCGAGAAUCUGUGGAAUACCCAAGCUGCUCGCUGGGAUACCUCGGCUUGUGGUGGUGGAUUGAAAUGGCAGAUUUUCUCAUUCAAUAAUGGAUAUACAUAUAAAAACUCGGUUUCUAAUGGAGCUUUCUUUCAACUUUCGGCACGCCUUGCGCGCUAUACCGGAAACCAAACAUACGUCGAUUGGGCAGAAAAGGUUUAUGAUUGGACUACCAAGAUUGGAUUUAUUGAUUCAAAUUUCAACACUUUCGACGGUGCCGAUGAAUCCAAAGCUUGUACCAAUCCGAAUAAAAUUACCUGGAGUUACAACAAUGCCCUUUUCCUGUACGGAGCCGCUGUCAUGUACAACUACACCACCAGUUCCACUUGGCAAACACGAACCGAGGGUUUGUUAAAAGCCUCGUCCAAUUUCUUCACAUCCGAUAGUGUCAUGUACGAACAAGCAUGCGAAGAAGUAGCAACCUGCAACAAUGAUCAAUUUUCCUUCAAGGCGUAUCUCGCACGGUUCAUGUGGGCAACUACUCAAAUGGCACCUUUUACAAAAGCCACUAUCACGUCAUAUCUCACCAAAUCAGCAUCUGCAGCAGCUAGUAUUUGCGCUGGUGAUGCUAAUGCUUGUGGUACAAAAUGGUAUACGGGAUCGAAUGAUGCAAUCUUCGGCCCUGGACAACAGAUGAGUGCUCUGGAAGUCAUUCAAGGAUUACUUGUCUCUUCCGCCGCGCCACCAAUCGUCAAAGGCCAAGCAUUUGUUCAAUCAACUUCUUCUCCUUCGCCAGCUUCUUCCUCUUCGCCAGCCUCUUCAGCCUCUUCGUCUUCUUCAUCCGCCGUCAUUAGCACUAGCAGCAAAUCCAGUGUUUCAAGUCGCAGUAGUGUGAAAGCAACCACUAGUGCUACCAGCGCCGCAACAACUGAUCCAUCCACAGACGUAAUCGUGACCGAUACCAUCCUGGAAAGUACCACAGUUCCAUGCUCGACUAGUUCUUCUUCUACGGUAUACUCUUCCCCCGAAGUUCCCUCUUUCACCGCACAGCCUUCUACACUUACUUCGGAAGAAGUAAAAUCUUCCACUGCAGUCCCUUCGUCUACUUUGAAGUCAUCUUCUCCUAUCACUUCUUCUAAACCAAAGACUUCGACUUUUGCUGUUACAACCCCUGCGCCUGUUCUUGAUACCACAACUACAGUCAGUAUUCUCCACAGCACCACUGUAUCUUGCAACACAUCGGUAUAUGCCAACUCUACUGCUUGGUUUGCAUCAUCCUCGUUUUUGUCCAGUCGUCUUACAAUUGCUUCAUCGGCCCCUGUUCCUGUUACAUCUGCUCUGCCUGCGUCUUCUAAAUCUUCAACCGCCUUACUGAUUGAUACUACUACACAGCGAGCGCCUACCAUUUCGGGUACCGGUUCGAAAGGAACUAUGAGCUUAUCAACAACAGCUUCAGCCUCGGCGACCAAGGCCACAGUCACGGCGGCUGCUGGAAGAAAUAUGGACGUUUCGGGAUCGGGCUUACUGGCCGGUGUGCUUGGCUUGGGGCUUUUAUGGGCUGUUUAGGAAUAGUUUAAGAGGGUCGGGAUGGUGGCACGGUAUGUAAUAUAGAAUAGGGGAGUUGGGUGUACAAAGGGUAUAUGAUUGGAUUGGAACGGGAUUGUCAAAAGCUGUUUCUACUUUCUGUUUGACAGGCUUAUCUACGGCCAGAUUGUCCAGUUGAGCUUGAGGCAUUGAUCUGGUGGAGUUUUUGGUCAAAAUCAUACUGGUGUUUAUUUUGUGGUGGAUACAUACAUGGAUGGAUGAAUAAAUUGGAGAAGAUAAAAAUGAUUAUAAUCUGGGGUAGACUAAAAAAGCUUCUGGGAAGAUUUGUAAAAUAGAUACCCUGGAUCGAUAGAUAUCACAGAUAUAAAGGGAGGAACUAAUUUCAUUUCAAAUUGCUUGU